CAGUUCAGGAAGUCACAGCGGGAGCGAGGGCUGUGCCUGGGAGCGGGCACGAGGUGCGUGUCCAGCCCGGGCGUGGGGACCCGAGGCGGGCAGCGCCAGCGGCGGCAGCUGGAGCACAGCUGGAGCACAGCUGGAGCACAGCUGGAGCACCGCGGGCUCAGCCGGCGGAGGGCUGGGCAGGACCGGGUGCCGGACGGAGCUGAGCACUUGGAGCCUUUGGCGCAUCAGCCGGGAUUUGGCAGCAGCUGGAGGAAGCAGAAAUGGCCAAGGGAAGGUUUCGGUGUGAGCUGGCCGUUUUUAGGUUGUGCACCAUGAGUGUGGCUGUGCUCCUGGGGCUGGGGCUGCUGGCUGCAGAGGGCAGAAGGAGCAGGUGUUUCCUCAACCGUGCCCAGGAGCGCUGUGUGUGCUACAACCUGUCCGAGGAGACGGCCGGCAGCAUCAUCCAGUGCCUCCCAGCAACAGUGGUGGAGUUUCAGGGCGGGGAUGUGGAGAAAUACAUAGCCUUCCCCGUCACGGACCUGGACCCCUCUGUCAUUGACACUCUGGGCUCCCUGGUCGUCCAGAAAAUAAUUAUUGGAAAUGUCCUGGUGCCUGAGAUAGUCCUCGCCCGUGUGCUGAGGUUCUUCUCCUACACCCAUGUGAAGGAGCUGGCCUUUGAGAGCUGCAUUUUCCAGGGCACAGGUGACUGGAGCAACAUGGAUGGCCAGAGCUUGCCCAUCCUGUCCCUGAGCUUCCACAACGUGACCUCUGCCCCACUGAUGGGCCAGGAACAGGCCUUCUCCAGCCUGAGCACGUGGCUGGAGGCCCUGGAGGAGCUGGCUGUCACUGGCUCCCAUGCCACCAGCCUGCCCUGUGCCAUCGGGAGGGUGUUCAGAGCUCUGCGCUCCCUGAACCUGGCACAGAACAGCCUCAGCGAUGGCAGCCUCAGCCCUGCCUUCUGCCAGGGUGCCUUCCCUCAGCUCCAGAAUCUCAGUCUGCACCACAACAAGCUGAGCUCCUACCACGGUGUGUGUGAGGGCUUGGAGCUGCUGCCGGGGCUCAGGCACCUGGAUCUCAGCCACAACAAGCUCACGGCAGACCCAUCCUCCUCCUGCCAGUGGCCAGCAUCCCUCCGGCACUUUAACCUGUCCAGCACCGGCUUGGAUGAAGUGCCCACACCGCUGCCUCCCAGCCUCGAGGUGCUGGACAUGAGCCACAACCACCUGCGUGCUGUAGACAUCUCCCUCAGCUCCCUGAAGAAGCUCUUCCUGAACCAAAACCUGCUGCAGGCCGUCCCCCCCCUCAGGAGCUACCCCAUGCUGGACACCCUUCACCUGGACAACAACUCCAUCUCGGAGGUGCCGUGGGACCAGGUGAAGCUCCUGGGGCGCCUGCAGGACGUGGCCUUGGCCAACAACCCCUUCAGCUGCUCGUGCUCGGGGGCCGGGGGGCUGCAGACGCUGGCAGCCACGGGGCACCUGGGGCAGGGCUGGCCCGGGGACUACAGGUGCCACUCGCCAGAGCAGUACCAGGGCUGGCCCGUGGCGCGGGUGUCGGUGUCGGUGCUGCGCUGCGACCCUGCCGCCGUGGUGGCCCCGCUCUGCGUGGGCCUGGCCCUGCUGGCUGUGGCUGGCGCUGUCUGCCUGGUCAGGACCAGGCCCUGCCGCAGGCCCUGAGGGGCACCGGGGCCCUCCCCACCGGUGCUGCCCCACUGGGGCUCCGUGGGGCGGCCCCAGGUCCUGUUCUGCUGGGGGGCUCUGGGUGUCCCCAGUCCGGGCUCCCCGCUGGAGCAGGGCUGUCCACAGGGUUAUCCCGCUCUGGCUGUUCUCGGCCGAGUUUUGGGGCACCCCUCGCCUCAAGCCCUGUGCCAUGCUCUGACCCAGAGCCACACCCUCCUGCAGGGGAUCUCCCUGUGGCCGACUCCUACUGCCCAAGCCCCAACACAUCCCCACUGUCCCUGCCUUGUCACCUGCCCUGCACAAGAGGAGCUCAGCUCCAUCAUGCUCCCAUUAAUAGCACUCAGAUGCCCCAAGCCUUGCUGGGCUCUGCUGGUCCCUGCCCAGAGCCCCCCUCCAUCCUUCAGCCCCGUCCUUGGAGCCCCCAUGGCCCCUGUGCUGAUCCUCCCUCUCCUCAGCUGAGGCUGUGGCCGGGCAGGUUUGACAGGAUGCUGCCUGCUCUUCAGCCUAUGAGAAAAACCAAAAAACCACAAAAGAGGAAAAUGACUAAAUUAAACACCCCUGCCCACAAGUGCCAGUGAGCUGGAGCAGCUCCUUAUACCUCGACCUGAGGCACUGGUGGGUGAGUCCAAGUGGGACCUUGAGGAGGUUUAACCAGAAACUUUUUAAGUGAUAAGAGGAAAGUGGGUUUAUCCUGGGUUAUUCAGAGAAUAUCUCAUAGUAAGGAGAAAAUGGAUUAUGUGUUGUUGAGGGAGAGCCCAGGAAUGCAGAGCUGGGGAAUAUUCAGAGGAAGGGGGUGGGUAAGGAAAGAACAGGCAUGGGAAAAUGG